CAGCUGGGAAGGAAGGCGCCGGGAAGAACGGCCAGCCCCCCAGACACUGGGUGGGCUGCGCCGCGCCGCUCGCGGACCUUCCUGGGUUGGAGAGGUGCGCACACUCCGCACCUCACCCAGCGGCUGCCAUCUCCUACCCAGGAGAUGCGCACUGGAGCCUGAGUUCCUGAGUCUUUGGAGCCACCACCUGCGAAUGCCCUUCGCUUCUACUGAGCCAUGCCCGGCAGCCCAGUGAGAUUAUUCCAGGUCUUCGAAGACCGUCUUCAAAAACCCAAUAUGAAGUUCACACUUACACGCUGGUGCUUGACCCUCUUCGUCUUUCUGAAUCGCCCAAUUCCAGUUCUUCCUGCCGCUUCAGAGGUCACCCACCCUCCAACAAUAGAGCCGGAGCCAUUUCUCUACCUUUUGGGAAAGCAGAGACUGUUGGAGGCACAGCACAGAUGCUAUGACAGAAUGCAAAAGUUACCCCCAUACCAAGGAGAAGGUCUGUAUUGCAACCGUACCUGGGAUGGAUGGUCCUGCUGGGAUGACACACCGGCUGGAGUGCUCGCCCAACAGCACUGCCCAGAUUAUUUUCCGGACUUUGAUGUAGCAGAAAAAGUUACAAAGUACUGUGAGGAAGACGGGCUUUGGUACACGCACCCUGACAGCAACAUAUCCUGGUCCAACUAUACUAUGUGUAACGCUUUCACUCCUGAGAAAAUGCAGAAUGCAUACAUUCUGUACUACUUGGCUAUUGUGGGUCAUUCUAUGUCGAUGUUCACCCUGGUGAUUUCCCUGGCGAUUUUCGUGCUUGUUAGGAGCCUUAAGUGCCAAAGGGUGACUCUGCACAAGAACAUGUUUCUGACUUACGUUCUGAAUUCUAUCAUUAUCAUCAUCCACCUGGUUGAAGUUGUGCCCAACGGAGAGCUCGUGAAAAGGGAUCCGCCGAUCUGCAAGAUUUUGCACUUUUUUCACCAGUACAUGAUGUCGUGCAACUAUUUCUGGAUGCUCUGUGAAGGAGUCUAUCUUCACACACUCAUCGUGGUGUCUGUGUUCGCUGAGGGACAACGCAUGUGGUGGUAUUAUGUCCUGGGCUGGGGGCUCCCGCUGGUGCCAACCACUGCCCAUGCUAUCGCAAGGGCACUGUUAUUCAAUGACAACUGCUGGCUGAGUGUGGACACGAACCUGCUUUACAUCAUCCAUGGUCCUGUCAUGGGGGCAUUAGUGAUCAACUUCUUCUUUUUGCUCAACAUCGUCCGGGUGCUUGUGAAGAAAAUGAAGGAAUCCCAGGAGGAGGAAUCGCACAUGUACCUGAAGGCGGUGAGGGCCACUCUGAUCCUGGUGCCCCUGCUGGGGGUUCAGUUCGUCGUCCUUCCCUGGAGACCUUCCCACCCAGUGCUUGGAAGGAUCUAUGACUACGUGAUGCACUCUUUGAUUCACUUCCAGGGAUUCUUUGUUGCCAUCAUUUACUGCUUCUGCAACCACGAGGUCCAAGCUGCUCUGAAGCGUCAAUGGAACCAAUACCAAGCCCAGCGCUGGAGUGGCCGCCGCCGCGCCAACCGUGCCGCCAACGCUGCUGCUGCCACUGCCGCUGCCGCUGCUGCCCUGGCUGAGGCUCCCCAGAUGCCUGUCUACAUCUGCCAUCAGGAGCCAAGGAACAAGCCCACCAACAACCUAGGCGAGGAGGGGGCUGAGGUCGUCGCUAUGGAGGGUGCUGAGGUCAUCGCCAUGGAAAUCAUCGAGCAAGAGUCAUCCGCUUGAAUGUGACGCAAAUACAGCAUCGUGAUCACUGAGCCCUCAUUUCCUGGGAGAAAGACCGACCAUGCAUUUAAAGUGAUUUCCAUCCUCCCAGGAGCAAACAUCUCAUUUGUGAGAAUUACUAAGUGCAUUUGUCCAUAGUGAACCUGAAGAAAGUUUUACUUGGUACUGUUGCUACCGGGAGACAGUCUAGGAAUGGAGUCUCCCUCUGCAACACUUGUGAACUCCUGUGAAUUCCAUCUUUCAUCCAGGACUGAGAUACAAAUGUCAUAGUGAUGCAAGCAAAGUGUCCGAGUAAAACAUAGUUAAAUUGACCUAGUUCAGAUACAGGGUGCUCCUUGUUAAUCUUGAGCCAUUUAUACCUUUGAAAAAUUAAAAUCACUGUCAAUGUUUUUCUUUUUAACUCUAAACUUUGAAUUAGGAUACUUCUGUAUUUGGCUAUGGAUCUGAUUUUUAAUUUUUAAUUUCUAUCAAUUCUGAUGUUACUCAGAUGUUUUACCAUCCACACAAUGUAAACUGCACAAAUUACAAUGUGACCUCCGCAAGACAAUGUGGCUUUCUAAUAUAGAGAUGAGAUGACCAAGUGUGUGUGGGGGGGAAAGAUUUGCAUUUGGCAGGAGAAUGUAAUGCUUUGAGUGAAAAAGAAAUUUAGAGUCAGUUUACUCUAAACCUUAGAUGGGUCAAUUUGUUAAUUGGUUUACUAAUACUGACGCUCAUCUUGGUUUUGGAUAAUCCUAUCUGUUGGGCAAGCCCUAACUGCUGUGAGGAAUUGGCCUUCAUGUUGCUAACAUUUAUAAAUUGGGAGGUCACAAAGAAUCCAUCACUAAAUUUUUCACAAAACUGCCAAAAGUAUAAUUCCUAGUGGAAGAGAAUACUCCCUUUAAAGAGAGUUUUCCACUUUCCUAAACUCCAGGAUUUAUAAAGCAAAUCAUUCCAAGGUUUAUAAAGCAGAUUACCUCUUGCCCUUGGGUGCUAUCUAGCAGUAAAAGAUAAAUUUAAGACUGGUAAUUAAAAGACUCCAUACAAGUCCAUUAACUGCUUUCCACCCAGCUUCUAAACUCAACAAGAUCUCAGCCUUUUCCAGGAAGAUUCAGUAGGACUAAUUAGAAAUCAGUUUGUAGUUGACCUCUUGUUUGCUAUUAGUGAAACAGGAGGGGGGAAAAAUUAACUGCUACAAGUUUAACUAUAUACCAACUCAUUUAAAAUAAAAAGACUUUCUCAUUAAAAUCCAAUAUUAUACUCCCAUACCUCUCUUUACUUCCUGCAAUAUAAAAUCUUCAAAAAUCCCUGAGUAAACCAGUAUCAUUACUGGCACCUGAAAUUGUGAAUUUGCAACAGUAAUCAGUUACCAUUAAAUGCUAAAUGAGGAGAUACAUUGAAGCCCUCCAAAUCUCGUCUCAUGUAUAUCAUCUUAUGGCACUGCCUUUCAGAAAUGAUAUAGUUUUGGAAAGACAAAAA